AUGCACAACAUCCCACCUUUCCUUUCUCUGGGCUCAACUUUCCGCUCGCGCUCCAAAUCACCAAGCGCCGUCUCAGAUUACUCAACCUCAGCUCCCUCAAGCCCAACCUCGCUCCACCGCUCAAGCUCCCACCAUAACUUCUUCAACUUCUCGUUCCACCCCAAGCCCCACACCACAAGGGAUCAAGACCGCGAAAGCAACACAAGCAUAAAAACCAAUGCCACACGGCCACGCCCCGCCUCCGACAUCCCUCAUGGCCACAAUUCCUCCACACACGCCGUAGGCGUACUUCCCUGCGCCGUCCUGCGCGGCCGUUCCUCUAUGAUGGUCCUGCGCUCGCGUCCGUCGAAAGUCGACAUGGUUCUGACGGAAGAGCGGUCACGAUGCGAUGGGAACCCGAUUGAGCGACAGGGGCUGGGGCUCAUGGAGCCACGGCCGGUGGAGCAGGGGCGCGGGGAGAUGCAGCCCUCUGUGAUGGGCGGCAUUUUUGAAGUCAUGGAGGGUCGUGCUUAG